CCAGGGCAACAGGAACGGAGACCCCGCGAGAGGCAACUCACGAGACCCCCGCGCGCAGCCAUGAGCCCCUCCCCCCGCUGGUGCUCGGAGAGGGGCGGGACCUGGAGCAAGGCUGUUCCGUGAUCCCACCAUGUCCACUCCCACCACCGGUUCCCUGGACAGCCCCUUGCCUGGAAAUGCCCCCCCUGAGCCCAGCGCCACCUCUUCUUCACCCACUGUAAAGGAGGAGGGUCCCGAGCCUUGGCCCGGGGGUCUGGACCCCGAUGUCCCCAGCACUGAUGGGGCAGGUUCCGCCUGCAGCGUGGGUGAGACAGGGCCCGGGCUGGGUCAUCCCAGCCCCAGAGGAGGAGCCCGAGCGUAAGCGCAAGAAGGGCCCGGCCCCCAAGAUGCUGGGCCAUGAGCUGUGCCGCGUGUGCGGGGACAAGGCCUCCGGCUUCCACUACAACGUCCUCAGCUGCGAGGGCUGCAAGGGCUUCUUCCGGCGCAGUGUGGUGCGCGGAGGCGCCGGGCGCUACGCCUGCCGGGGCGGCGGGACCUGCCAGAUGGACGCCUUCAUGCGGCGGAAGUGCCAGCUGUGCCGCCUGCGGAAGUGCAAGGAGGCGGGGAUGAGGGAGCAGUGCGUCCUGUCAGAAGAACAGAUUCGCAAGAAGAAGAUCCGGAAGCAGCAGCAGCAGCAGCAGCAGCAGCAGCCUCCGCAACCGCAGCCGUCACCCGGGGGACCGGCGGGCAGCGCCUCAGCCUCCGAGCCUGGGGCCUCCCCCGGGGGGCCCGAGGGGGGUGGCCAGGGCUCCGGGGAAGGAGAGGGUGUGCAGUUAACGGCGGCCCAGGAGCUGAUGAUCCAGCAGUUGGUGGCGGCCCAGCUGCAGUGUAACAAGCGCUCCUUUUCCGACCAGCCCAAGGUCACGCCUUGGCCCCUGGGCGCGGACCCCCAGUCCCGCGACGCCCGCCAGCAGCGCUUCGCGCACUUCACGGAGCUGGCCAUCAUCUCCGUGCAGGAGAUCGUCGACUUCGCCAAGCAGGUGCCUGGCUUCCUGCAGCUGGGCCGUGAGGACCAGAUCGCCCUCCUCAAGGCGUCCACCAUUGAGAUCAUGCUGCUGGAGACGGCCAGGCGCUACAACCAUGAGACGGAGUGCAUCACUUUUCUGAAGGACUUCACCUACAGUAAGGACGACUUCCACCGCGCAGGCCUGCAGGUGGAGUUCAUCAACCCCAUCUUCGAGUUCUCGCGGGCCAUGCGGCGCCUGGGCCUGGAUGACGCCGAGUACGCGCUCCUCAUCGCCAUCAACAUCUUCUCCGCCGACCGGCCCAACGUGCAGGAGCCCAGCCGCGUGGAGGAGCUGCAGCAGCCCUACGUGGAGGCGCUGCUCUCCUACACGCGCAUCAAGAGGCCGCAGGACCAGCUGCGCUUCCCUCGCAUGCUAAUGAAGCUGGUGAGUCUGCGCACAUUGAGCUCCGUGCACUCGGAGCAGGUCUUCGCCCUGCGGCUCCAGGACAAGAAGCUUCCGCCGCUGCUGUCGGAGAUCUGGGACGUCCACGAAUGAGGGGCCUCGCAUCCAGCCUCACGGCCUU